AUGACGAUGCCUCUAAUCGUUCGAAUUUCUCAAUAUUUUGGAUUUGUGGCUACCGAAAUUUCCACAUUGUUGCUACUGUACUUAAUAAUCACAAAAGGUGCCAAAAAAUUAGGAACAUAUAAAUAUGUCAUGCUUUCCUAUUCUGUAUUUUCUGUGAUUUAUGCAGUUGUGGAGAUUUUGACACAGCCGUAUCCCGACGAAUCCGGUCAGAUGUUUAUAAAUUAUUCAGAUUUUGCUUCAUGCUUUGGAAUUUGUGGAAUUAUGGGACUUUUCAUUACGAUCAUACUGAUCUGUGGAUUUUUGACAUUUCGAAAAAUGGAGAGUGUCGGAGCAACAAUGAGUUUUAAAACAAAGGAAUUGAAUAACCAAUUGUUCAGAACUUUAGUCGUUCAGACAAUGGUCCCAAUUCUGACCAUGUUUACCCCUGUUGGAUUGCUAGUAAUCUUUCCAAUGUUCUCAAUAAAUGUCGGAAAGUUUGCAAAUGCUCCCAGCUUGAAUGCUGGAAUCUAUCCGGCGCUAGACGCAACCAUUGCAAUUUUUAUGAUUCGCGAUUUCAGGGAUGUUGUCAUUUGUCGCCGAGGACGCAGAGUGACAUUCAUAACCAACACUUCCGCUGCACAAUAUUCAGUUACUGCGGAUAUUUGA